ACCAAUUCGGAAUUCUUUUAAACACAAGGACACUGCGAGAGCACGGGUUGUGUGCAGUCAUGGCUCGGCUUUUGAGGAUCAAUUUUAGGGGAUUUGUGGCCUCCCAGCUCAGAAUGUCCUCGGAUCAGUUGGGUGAGCUGGGUAAAGGAGCAGGAAAAGGAGGUGGUGGAGGUGGGGCAGUAAGGGAGGCUGGAGGAGCCUUGGGCAAGAAAGGAGCAGCUGAGGAAGAGAGAUAUUUUAAACGCAAGGAACAGGAACAGCUGGCUGCCCUCCGGAAGCACCACGAGGAGGAGAUUGACCACCACAAGAAGGAGAUUGAACGCCUACAGCAGGAGAUUGACCGUCACAAGGGCAAGAUCAGGAAGCUCAAGCAUGAUGACUGAGCUCUUGAGCAGCCAGCACACCAGGCUCUCUGUGUUUGUCCUUGCCAAUAGCCUGUGCUGCUGUCUUCAACACUGCACUUUUUGUGUGAUUGUACAUGCCUGAAUUAAUAAAAAUAACUUGUACUAUUUUUGGGAAACUGCAA